AUGACAUCCCUACCAAUAUUUCCUUCGUUCGAUACCGAAAGCGACAAAAGUAACGCUGGCCCAAGAUGGGAUCGGUGGAUAGGGCGUUUAGAGAAUCUGCUCGUGGCUCUGGACAUUACGGACGAGGAUGAAAAUGAUAGAAAAAGAACACUCCUGCUUCACUAUGCAGGUGAACGUGUGUAUGACAUAUAUGAGGCCGAAAAAGGAGAAACCGAGCCGUCAUAUGGAGCCACCAAACAGGUGCUCACGACAUACUUCAAACCCAAGAAAAAUCAACAAAUGGAAUUAUACACCUUCAGAAGCUAUAAACAGUCAGAAUCGCAAACUCUUGACGAGUAUGUCACCGAAUUACGACGACUAGCGAAGGAUUGUGGAUUUGCAGACACGAAUAAGGAGAUUCUGUCACAGGUCAUCCAGCACUGUAAGUCCAACAGACUCCGGAGAAGGGCACUCCGCGAGCCUGACAAAGACUUAAAUGGAAUUAUAAUACUCGGUAGAACACUAGAGUUAUCCGAUGUCCAAGCCACAGCAAUGGAACGGGACCAAAGUGCGAGUGUUAACGCGGUUGGUCGUGCACAGUCCGAACACAAACCGUUUAAAAGAAAACAACACAGAUCGUCCAACUUCAAGCGUGGUACAUCCAAACAAGGUGAGUCCGAUAAAAAGUGUAUGAAAUGUGGAGGAUCAUGCCCUCACCAUGGAGACUGUCCCCCUAAAGGCCAGACUUGUCAUUCAUGUGGUAAAAGUAACCACUAUAUGAAAAUGUGUCGAUCCCGUGUCAACAAGCCUACUCACAAGGGCCAGAAUCGAAAUGUGAAAGCUGUUCAACAGGACACUGGCCAUGGUCAAUCGGUUAGUUAUGAUGCCCGAUACCAAGAUGGCGAGACGGACGACGAUGACCGUUACUGUUAUGGAAUAAAGGAGACUUUGACAAAUUCCGAACAGGUGAGAUUUGUAAACGAGGCUCCCAACUUCACUCUAAAAGUGAACAACAGACCACUGAGAGUAUUGUUAGACAGCGGUUCCUCAGUCAAUAUACUUGACGAAACAGCAUACGAGUGUAUGGGUAGGCCGCCUAUCACCCGUGCUAGUAACAGGCUGAUACCGUACGGUGGUGGUAAACCGUUAUCAGUCCUGGGAAAGUGUGAUCUUGGUGUAGAAACGAACAAACAGUUUGACACUUUGACAUUCUAUGUUGUGAAGGGACAUAGGUACGGAUCCAUCCUAGGGUAUCCAUCAGCCCGUAAUCUGUCACUGAUCCAUGUUGUGAGUGAAAUCGCAGAGGAUGUUGAUAAACAAGUGGAGACAGAGUUCCCUGGAAUCUUCAAAGGUAUUGGGAAAUUGAGAGGGACACUGGUGAAAUUACACAUUGACCCCAAAAUACAGCCGGUCGCUCAACGACAUCGUCGUACACCAUUUCAUCUCCGGGACAAAGUCAAGAAGGAGAUUGACAAGUUAGUUGAGGGUGACAUCAUAGAAAAGGUGGAGGGUACACCAACACCCUGGAUUUCCCCGAUAGUCACACCGCCAAAAAAGGACCCGGACGAAAUUCGGCUAUGUGUGGAUAUGCGAGAAGCUAACAAGGCUAUUCAGCGUGAACGCCAUGUCUUACCUACCAUGGAUGAGCUUAUACAUGAUCUAAACGGCGCCACUGUAUUCAGUAAGCUCGAUUUACGUAGUGGGUAUCACCAGCUGGAACUCGACCCAAAAUCAAGGUACAUAACUACUUUCAGCACACACGUCGGAAUAUACCAGUACAAACGUUUAAACUUCGGUAUAUCUUCCGCGUCUGAGGUAUUCCAAGAGACUAUCAGACAAGUUAUACAAGGCAUCGACGGUGCAAAGAACAUUUCUGAUGACAUUUUGAUAUUCGGUCGAUCGAGAGUGGAACACGAUGCAGUUCUUAGACAGGUGCUUCAGAAGUAA